AGUGGAUUUCACAGGGCUGACCACAGAGCUAACUGGGCUGAUUUUCAUCCUGUCACCAGAAAGUGGACUAUCUGGGUCUUCAUGAAGGAUGCUGUGAUUUUGAAACCAGGUCACCUGGAACCUGGGGCUGCCCCAGCUCUCUCAGGACUUGGCAGACAUCGGAGGUGGCAGUGAAGGAGACAGUGGUGGUCAAUGUUAUUUGAGCAGGGUCAGCAGGCCCUGGAGCUUCCUGAGUGCACGAUGCAGAAGGCUGCUUACUAUGAAAACCCAGGACUCUUUGGAGGCUAUGGCUACAGCAAAGCCACUGACACAUAUGGCUACAGUGCCCCCCAUCAGCCUUUUCCACCCCCUACUGCUGCCAACUCUCUGGACACUGAAUACCCAGGUUCUGCCUGCUCCAUCCAGAGCUCUGCACCUCUGCGAGCGCCAGCCCACAAGGCGGCUGAACUCAAUGGCAGCUGCAUGCGGCCUGGCACUGGGAACAGCCAGGGUGGGGGUAGCAGCCAGCCUCCUGGUCUGAACACAGAGCAGCAGCCACCACAGCCCCCUCCUCCACCACCAACCCUGCCACCUUCCUCGCCCACCAAUUCUGGAGGUGGAGUGCCUGCCAAGAAGGUCAAGGGUGGGCCCAAUGCUUCUGGGUCUUCAGCCACCAUCAGCAAGCAGAUCUUCCCUUGGAUGAAAGAGUCCCGACAGAACUCCAAGCAGAAGAACAGCUGUACCACCGCAGGAGAGAGCUGCGAGGACAAGAGCCCGCCGGGCCCAGCGUCCAAGCGGGUGCGCACCGCGUACACGAGUGCACAGCUGGUGGAGUUGGAGAAGGAAUUCCACUUCAACCGCUACUUGUGCCGGCCACGCCGCGUGGAGAUGGCCAACCUGCUGAACCUCACCGAGCGCCAAAUCAAGAUCUGGUUCCAGAACCGGCGCAUGAAGUACAAGAAGGACCAGAAGGCCAAGGGCAUCCUGCACUCGCCAGCGGGCCAGUCCCCGGAGCGCAGCCCGCCGCUCGGGGGCUCGGCGGGCCACGUGGCCUACUCGGGCCAGCUGCCGCCGGUGCCCGGCCUGGCCUACGACGCGCCCUCGCCUCCCGCUUUCGCGAAGUCUCAGCCCAACAUGUACGGCCUGGCCGCCUACACGGCGCCGCUCAGCAGCUGCCUCCCGCAGCAGAAGCGGUACCCGGCGCCGGAGUUCGAGCCCCACCCCAUGGCCAGCAACGGCGGCGGCUUCGCCAGCGCCAACCUGCAGGGGAGCCCCGUGUACGUGGGCGGUAACUUCGUCGACUCCAUGGCACCCGCGUCCGGGCCGGUCUUCAACCUGGGCCACCUCUCGCAUCCGUCUUCCGCCAGCGUGGACUACAGUUGCGCCGCGCAGAUUCCCGGCAACCACCACCACGGACCGUGCGACCCUCAUCCCACCUACACAGAUCUCUCGGCCCACCACUCCUCUCAGGGACGCCUGCCCGAGGCCCCCAAACUGACGCAUCUGUAGCGGCCGCCCGCGGCCCGAACUCCUGGCGCAAUUACCUCUUUGGCUUUGGUGGCGGGGGCGGCGGGCGGGGCCCGCGGGCAGCUGGUGACCCUCCCUCGCCCUGUCCUGGUCGCUGCCUCCCCGGUUUCGGGCCAACAGCGGCCCGAAGCGCAGGCGACCGGGCCUCCCCUCCAGGCGCGUCCUCCUUCGGGUGAUUCGCCAUAAAUCAACCGCAAGGAUUCUCCUCUAAGCCUGACAGUGCCAAAUACUGCGGACCCAGGGGCUCUAGUCUGGUAAGGAUGUCCCGAAGGUAAGUCUGAGAUUCGCCGGCAGCGCGCUCGGCAGAAGGACCAGAGCCUGGAGAGAGAGCUCUGGGCCUGGCCCGUGGCUAGCCGAGUUGCGGAGACCUUAAUUUAUAUGCUCCUUCCCGUCCUGUAAGGAUUGAAUCGGACUCAACAAUCUGUAUUUAUUAUUUGAAGCGAGUCAUUUCGUUUCUCUGAUUAUUUAUCCUCGUCUUAAUGUAUUUAUGUGUAUACUUGUAGAAUUCUCCAGCCAGCUUAGGAACGCGCUCCCAGGCCUCGGGGGCCACAUUUCAUCUCUUUAGUCCCUUUGGUCUGAACUAGCUGAGAGAGUAGUUUUGAACAGUUGUAACCGUGGCUGGUGUUUGUAGUUGAUGUAAAGGAUUAAGACCGCAAAUUGUCCUUCAUGGGUAGAGUCAGACGACACCCGUUACUCAUUUCUCAAACAGCCACAGCCCUCCAACUCGACACAGUUUAUUGAUUUCAAAUUGUCUGGUACUAUUUGAACAAAUAUUUAGAAUAAAGAAUUUCUCAGUUGGAAGAGUAUCUGUGUUAAUCACACUCCCUUGCAAGUAGAUCGCUGCCUUUAUUUCCCCCACAAUCUCAAUGGAAGACCCCCCAAUAGGCGGAACCUUCGAAAUACGUUUUUUCAUGUAUUUGGGAUCCAGUGCACACAUUGGUUCUGGGAUACUUGAUUACAACCCAGCUCCUGACAUGAGGGGGAAGAAUCUAAGGAUGCAAACCUAGAAAUGUUGCAGGCGGGUGAUUUGUGUAGAGCUUUGUACCGUGCCUGCUUUGCGAUUUCUACCCGUCUUUCUAGACACAAAUCCACUUUUCUUAGAUUGCAUUUACAUUGGGGAGGCCAGACCUCACUUUUCUGUGUUAAGUAAUAAAAAAGAACUUUGAAAGAAAACUGACAAUCAAAAGAAAAGAUACAUGAGAAGUCCUAAGAAGAACUGAGCUGCGAAAAGGCUAAGGUGCGGAAAGAGAAAUGAUCGUUUGGAGACCACGGCACCUCAGCCUUGUCUCUAGGAAGUGCUGUCAGGACUUUUUCCUUUAUAGCGGUUGGCGGUUCAUUUCUAAAGGAAACACGCAUUCCCCAUGAUGUAAAGUAAUAAAAGUUUCAUUAACGGAACAUAAGUAUAAACACCUUGUUUUCUCCUGUUCCUUUGUACGAAAUGGGCAAAAAAUGUCUCCGAGGAUUUAUCACCAUUUUGUAAAUAAUAGCGUGGCUUUAGCUAGGGGUGGACAACUUCCACCCACUUCUCUGGGAGGAGGCACUUGGAAAACGCCUUCGGAUAAGGUUCAAUUCUUUGUAUUUCAGCAAAGUCGGCCCACACAUCUCUAUUUGGUUUGACAAAUAAUGCAACUCCUACUACAUCCCUGGUGACACGAGGUGAAAUUCCU